AUGACAGUUGAACAAGUUCAAGGCGCACAAUCAGUUUGUAACAAGGACAUCGGUACCUUACCAGCCCAAUUCCCAACUUUACCAGAUUCAGUUCUCGAAUUAUUUUUGUUGACUGGUAAGUCAGCAGUCGUGACUGGUGGUAUCAGUGGUAUUGGAUUCUGUAUCUCGGAAGGUUACUGCCAAGCCGGAUUAGCCAAAUUGGCCAUUAUUGACUACGCUGAAAACCAAUUAGUUUUGGAAAAGUUACAACAAAAGUACCCAAAGACUCAAAUUAACUUCUACAACUGUGACGUCAGAAAGGCUGAACAAGUCAAAAACGUUAUUGAACAAAUCCACUCUGACUUCACCGAGGUUGACAUUUUUGUCGCUAAUGCCGGUAUUGCUUGGACUUCUGGUGCUAUGAUCGACCAAGACGACGACGACGAAUGGCACAAUGUCAUGAACGUCGACUUGAACGGUGUUUACUACUGUGCCAAGCACAUUGGUAGAGUUUUCAGACAACAAGGUAGAGGUUCGUUAGUUAUGACAGCUUCCAUGUCUGCACACAUUGUCAAUGUUCCACAAUUACAAGCCGCUUACAACGCCGCCAAGGCCGGUGUUUUGCACUUAGGUAAGUCUUUAGCUGCUGAAUGGGCUCCAUUUGCUAGAGUUAACACCGUUUCUCCAGGUUAUAUUGCAACUGAGUUAUCUGACUUCGUUCCAGAUGACAUCAAGAACGUUUGGUACUCCAUGACUCCAAAGGGUAGACAGGGUUUACCAAGAGAAUUGGUUGGUGCUUACUUAUACUUAGGUUCUGAUGCAUCUUCUUUCACAACUGGUACAGACAUCAUUGUUGACGGUGGUUACUGUUCGCUCUGA